AUGAAAGCAGGUUUCUCCCCUUCUAAAACUGUCACAAGCAUCCCCAAGUCUUUUAAACGAGGCGAAAUAACAGGCGCAAUUUCAGCUGCAUUUGGAAACCCAACGCCCCAAGCAAAGCCUUCAACUGCAUCUCAAACGUUAAAGAAAAAAUUAUCUAUGUUGAGAAGUAGGACCAUUGGAAGGGACACCUUUUUAACUGAGGCAGAAAUGAACGAGGUAGAAGAAGUCAUCCCUACGCUUGACCGAGAAGAAAUAAAAAAAGACAUGACCUAUGAAGAACUUAUUAAUGAGGUCGAGUCCAUCACAAGUGGACUACAGCAAAGGGAUGACGACUUAGAAGAACUUAGAAGGAGGAUCCACAGGUGCGACUUGGGGAUCCACAACCAGACGAAAACCACUGAAGGAAUUCGAAAGAACGCCAAAGCACUUGAUCAUAACAACAAAAAAAUGAUGAAAAAAUUCAAAUCGUAUGCAGAUCUGCCCAAGUAUUCAUAA